AUGUUAAGUCCUACGGUAUUUCCACAAAAUCUGGUCGGAAAAAAUCAGUACGGCUCAGUUGAAAGGUCAAUGAACAUCUUCUGGAGGCUUACAAACCUAUCAAUGGAAUGGAAUAUGUCACUUUUUUUGGGUUCGUUUGUAAGUCACUCCGACCAGAAGGAAUACUGGGAAAAGAUGCACAAGAAGAUGGCAGACUCAAUACUUGCAAACAUAAAAUCUUUAAAGGGGUGCUGGGUAAAACUCGGCCAAUUUUUGAGUACAAAAUCAGGUGUUUUACCCAGUUGUUAUUUGGAAGCGUUUUCCCAACUUCAGGAUUACAUGCCUAGCAGUGAUUUUGGAGAGAUUAUAGACUCGAUUGAGACAGAUUUAGGGUAUAUGGAUGAUAUUUACAAGAAUUUUGAUUCAAUUCCGCUGGCUAGUGCAUCAAUUGCACAGGUCCAUAAGGCAGUUUUGCAUGAUGGAACAUCAGUAGCAAUAAAAGUUCAGCACAAAUCAAGUGAACAGAACCUCUUGAAUGAUAUUGAAAUUUUGAAAAUGAUAAGUUGGCUCAUGAACUCGGCAGGUUUGUGCUCAAAUAUUUGUCAAUACUUUGAUGAGUACUCUGCAUACGCUGCAAAGGAGCUCGAUUUUACCCUGGAGGCAAUGAACAUGGAGAAUGCGUCCAUCGAUGUUGAAAAAUCUGGGAUUCCAAUAAAGGUUCCAAAACUAGUCAAACACUUGUGCUCAAGACGUGUCAUCACUAUGGAAUACUUUAAUUUGCACAAGUUGACGGAUGCAGAAUUUGUGAAGGCAAACAAUGUAAACAUUAACUCUAUUUUUUAUGAUAUCCACGAUUUUGCUUUUUUUCAGAUUUUGGCCUGUGGAAGAUUUCACUCGGAUCCUCAUCCGGGUAAUCUUCAGCUUGUUUGUGAGGAUGGAAGAAUAUAUCCUGUGUUUUUAGACUGGGGAUUUACGACAUAUCUAAAUAAUAUUCAAAGGGUUGGGCUUUGCAAAAUUUACAAGUGCAUUUAUACAUAUGAUCCCAUGGGUUGUGUUUCUGCAUUUGUGGAUUCUGGAUUUGAUUUAUCGCAUCUGUCAACAUUUAGAUAUGAAGAUCUUUUUGAGGCUCUAAUAGCCAUUAUUUUAUCAUCAUAUAAUAAAAAUUUGAAGCAUGAUGCUAAAAAGGCCCGUUCCAUGACUGGCCACAAGAGAACUCAAGCAUUUAUUAACGAGUUUUUCAAAAAGGUCCCCAAUUAUCUCCCUUUAACUUUUAAGGUUUUGUCAGAAUAUCAGUCAAUAUCAAAGACUAUGAAAACUUAUGUGCCAUUUCUACAUUUAAUUUAUAAAAACGCGUCACACGCCAUACGAAACAUAUAUUACUCACCAAUAAACUGCUACCUCAGUACACCUUGCGGUAAAUCGGUCUUGUAUGCCAAGUUACAUCACUUAAAAUCACAGUUGUCAAAGGAUGGAUCAAAUGUUAGCGCAUUUGAUAUUCUUUAUAAGGCCUGUAAUUUGGGUUUUUCACGUUGUCAUUUGGUCUCUCGUAAAAUUAAUUUCCCAUUUCCUACGAAUAUUAUGGAAUCUAGAUUAUCAUCUUUACUCAGCCACCUGUCUAAGGAUAGUGACAAUUUUAUCGGAUGCCAGGUUGCUGUUAUAAGGGAUGGAAUUGUUGACAGUGAGAUUUCCUUUGGAUUGAUGGACAAGUAUGAGGUAAUACCUAUAUCAAACGAUUCGUUAUUUCCUCUUUUUGGCCUUGCACAUGGCUUGAUAACCACAUGCAUUUUGCACUUGGCUUCUAUUGAGAAACUGAACCUUGAGGAUCCUAUUUGCCUGCAUUGGCCGGAAUUUAAAUGUAAUGGGAAAGAGUAUAUAACGAUUAAGGAUUUGUUAAACAACCGUUCUGGAAUAACCUAUCCAUACACAAAAUAUCCAUCUGUUGAAGUUUUUUCCAAUUACAAUUUAAUGUGUAAUUGUAUACAAAAUGCAACAAUCUAUAAAUAUGGAACGAAUGAAACAAAAUACUCAUUUUUAUACUCUGGAUGGAUUUUGUCGGAGAUUAUUAGGAGGAUAACACAAAUGCCAGUUGAAAGAUUUAUAUGUAAUUUAUGCUCAAUGGUUGGUAUACGGGAUUCCCACAUGACCUUUUCAAACUUUGGCAAGGAGACUGCGACUGCUAAGAAACCAGCAGCAAAUGCCCCGGAUUUUGAUUUAAGUAAUAGUAUCAUAGCCAUGUCCAAGCUUUAUAAAGAUAGCGAUGAUAAGAAUACUGAGGAAACGGAACCAAUUCAAGCUGAGGAAGUUGGGGAUGAGGCAGAAGUAGAGAAUGGUGAAGAAUCUGCAACAUCUACAGACGAUGAAAAUGUAUUUCUGAUAUCUUUAGAUGAUUUUGUGGAAGAAAAAAAUUGUCCGAACAGUCCACUCGUUUCAAGGGUAAGAUCUAAUAAGGAAAAAUUGACCCUAAUGGACUCUAAAGCUUCGGUAAACGAGAUCAUGGACUCCCCCAAGAGUGUAAGGUUAGAACGUUUCAGAAGUAUGGUAGAAUCUAUUGAUCUUGAACAAAGCGUCUCAAAUCCCUUUUGUGAUUGUUACCGGGACAAGGUUGAUGAAAAGGAUGAACUCUUCAAGCGCUGUUGUAUCCCAUCGUCGUAUUGUCCCACUGAAAAUAGAUUUAUAAAGUUGUUUAGAGGUUCUGGGAAUGAUUCAAUGGUUCCUCCCUUUGCAUUUAAUCCUGGUGAAAUUAGUAAAGAAAAGAAUCCUGAUGAUGCAACGGGACCUGUUUUGCUAGACCAAGAUUUAUGCUCUGUUAUUACUCCCAAACCAGCAAACAGCAAAAUACCUCUCAUUGAUUUUGUAAAGACAAAAAGAGUCAAAAAGCUUCUGCCAGACUACAAGGAAACAUCCACCAAACUGUUCAACUUUUCCACAAAUGAUCUAGUAAGAUAUGGUUCAAUGAUGAUUGACGUUAUGAAUGUGAAUUAUGAAAAGAUUUACAACUGUUCUAUACCACCAAUGAAUGGAAGGACCAAUGCUUUAUCUCUUGCUGCGUUUUAUCAUGAAAUUUUAAAUGGGUCACUGAUUGAUUCGAAAUACAUUCAAGAUGUGAUGAAUAAUAAUCAUGUUGAUAAAUCACUGGUUUCUCGAUUUUUGACUGGGCUUUAUAAACCUUGUUGGUCUCUUGGCUAUCAAAAAUUUGAAUUUGUGAACAUGGAUGGUAAAAUGGUGCAUGGAUUUGGUAACUCGGACAUGGGUGGAUCAAUUGCACUUGCCAUACCCGAAUAUAAUCUUUCAAUCGUUGUUUUUGUUUCACAUUGUAAUAAAUAUGAGGUAUCACAACGGGUGUUGGAUUUGGUUUUGCGUCAUUAUGGUUUGGGGUUGGUUGGCGGUCCUUUUGACGUAGAUUCGAGUCACAUAUAUAAAUUAAUGUCAGGAAUUAAAAUAUGA